CACUCUCGCCGUCUGGGGUCAUGGAAGUGUUCCCUUUUCCAGAAGAAGGGAUUGGCGGAAUCCUUUCCUACUUCUACUUUCUGCGUCAUAUUGCAGUAGUUCAGAUCACGUGAUAAGGCACUUUCCGAAUGCUUUCUUGGAGCAAGGUGACGCGGUUCUUUUUUUAAUUCUUGAAAUUUCGCCUCUCUCUCUUUUAUCAUCCAUCUUGAUGUGUUUCGCAUUUGUACGUGCGUGUGUAUCCGUGUGGUAUGACGUCACAGACUUGUGAAGGUUUGGUGAGAACUAUAUGUACCUCAACUGUGAGGUUAGCAGCCAGCUUUCAGUGUCAACUCACCCACCGGAGUAGCCAUACGGUGCUUUGCCUCCCUUAGCACAUUUCAGUCACUUGCUUCGUUCGACUGUGGCAAAAACACAGCUUUGCAACGAAGUGGCCGUUUUCUCUGCUUAUGAUCCCGUUCAUUGGCACAGCUGACUGCUUUGCCUUCCAUAUUGUGCACAGACCAAGACAGCCAUUAUCUUUAGAAUUUACCUCGAAACUAAGCGAAUUAUAGAUGAAUGUAUCCGGAAGGACUAGUUUUUCGUACUUUGUACCUGAAGUUUUAAGAUGGAGCAUAUUCAUUAACCUGAAACCUCAUUCUCACUGACCUACAUCUAGUUUCCCGCUACCAUUCUCCCAUCGCCCAAUCCUUGGAUAACUCCUACUAUUAGGUGAAAGGCAUUCUUAGCGAAGGGAAAGGAAAAAAAGAACAGGAAAAGACCGAGACCUUCGGCCCGUUAUAUUUCCGUUUGCACCCGGAGAAAGAAAGCAAAAGUACCGCUGACACCGCUAGCAACGUUCCCUUUCGACUAAGCGCUCCCCCAUCGGCACACACACGUGACUUCGAGAGAGACGAAUGCUAGAAACGCCGUCCUUAGGCUUUUCUCAAAGGUUAAAUUCUCUUAGUUUAAAAUCUCUAAAGAUAAAUGAGUCUUUUCGUGGACUAACGAUAUCUGCGUUAGGCGUUAGUUCCCUCAUUUGCAAAGGUGUUUCAGACGCGACAACCACUUCGAAUCGUUUCUAAGUUGCGGCUGUGCUUCGGCAAAACGUUGAAGACCAUCUCGAGCGCACCAGCGAGAGGACAACAAGAGUCAAGUUUUAAGAACGAGUGAUAGAAAAGGAGGACUCUUAGCUACCGAGCGGGAUGGCUCCCUCAGUCUUCUCUUCGUUUUACCCAGCAUCGGGACACCUCAUCCUGCUCUGCAUCAUAUUCGUGACAGGCACGCAAGCUCGUCGUUAUUCAGCUUUAAGAAACAGCGAACGAGCCACUUCCCGCCAUGGAGGUCACCCCAAGUUUCCUCUGGACAACAGCCGACAACAGUUUCCCUGCGGCCAGAAAGUGUCGGCCAAAGUCGUCGGGGGAGAAAAUGCCGAGUAUGGAGAUCACCCGUGGCAGGUAGAGUUUGAAAUUUACAUGCAAAGCCUGAAAGCCUUCACACAUCACUGUGGUGGAGCAGUGAUUAGUCCUAUGCACGUCCUCACUGCUGCCCACUGUCUCUCGGGCUUUAACAAAGGAGACCUGAGAGUUAAGGCAGGUGAUUAUAACCUACGUAUGAAGGACGACGCCGAACAAAUGUUUGCAGUGGAAAGCUGGCGGGUCCACCCAAACUUCAAAACAAGCGGCAUUUACUCGGACGAUAUAGCUGUCGUGAAAAUAUCUCCACAGAGGGGAAAUGGCUUCCAGAUGUCCAGGUUCGUUUCACCCGUCUGCCUUCCGUCAGUGUCAGUGUCUUACACCGAUGGAUAUAAGUGCCAGGUCACAGGAUGGGGUCUUACCGAUCCUGCCAAUAACGACUCCAAAGCGAACAUUCUGCAGCGAGCAGAGAUCCCUUUGCUGCCAGACCAGCCGUGUAAAGAACGCUAUGAUGACUUCAGUCCUGGAAUGAUGUGCGCUGGUUACGAUGCUGGGAAGAUUGAUGCUUGCAAUGGAGAUUCUGGAGGACCUUUGGUCUGCGAGAAACAAGGGAAGCAUACCGUCGUGGGCGUUGUGUCUUGGGGAAUAUCGUGCGCCACAAAAGGAUUUCCAGGGAUAUAUUCCAGUACCCAGUAUUACCUGGACUGGAUUCUAUCAGCUGUGGAAGAACUCUAAAGUGCAGAGUCGAACUGAGGGUGCCGCACAACUUUAGUCCUGCAAUGCCUUUCUCCUGGCGUUCGUCUUCUGAGCAGGAAACCUUACGAAAAUGCAUCGAUUUAUCAUUUCUCAAAGCGCAAUAUUCAAAACAACUCAGUACUCACGGAAAGUCCCAUGAAUGAAUAUGAGUACGAGUGGCUGUCUUAGGGAAUUGUUCCCAGACUUUAUCACAACCGAAUUCCCCAUGUACGUAGAUCUCAGGCUAGAACAGGACGUAAGAUCGCAGGAGUUUUCUGUCUCUCUCUCUCUCUCUCUUCCAUUUCCCAUGAAGUUAUACUUCAAUAAAAAUAAGAACAGAGGAACCCAAUCAGAAGAUAAACCUUUAUCAUUUCUUAAUUACAUUCUCAUGAUAAGUUACUUCUUCUUACACAAUCCUCUUCUGCCAAAAUUAAGCUGUGUUAAAUGCAUACCAAAAACUUAAGAUGUAAAUAUUUCCUUAAUAAAAUUAUUACAUAAUCAA